AUACAUUUAUUUCGGGCAGUAGUAGCACACGAAAUCAAAAAUCAAUAUAGAUAUUGAUAUUGGAAAACCAUACAAGUUUUGGCUCACAUCUCGUUCCCGUGCCUGCAAUUGCAUAAGUAUCUGCCACCCAGCCAAAUCGGUUGCCCCUUUCAGCGCUAAGGGCAUUAGUUCCAUCAAGCGUUCCACAAGUCACGGCAACAAGCAGAGCGGGCACAUCAAUUACCUCACCUUCGCAUCGCUUCUGUUUGCAAUUCGAGAUGCCAAGCAGAGAACGCCCUUCGCAUCUGUUGUUGCUUCUGAUCUGCUACUGCUCUGCUCUGCGAUAUAUCCACGGCCUCGAGAAUGGACUCGCCCAAACCCCUCCAAUGGGCUGGAUGCCAUACGAGCGAUUCCAGUGUACAAUUGACUGCGCUCGCUUCCCUAGGGAUUGCAUCAGUGAGUCGCUCUUUAAGCGCACAGCAGAUCUCCUAGUGUCCGAGGGUUAUGCCGCCGUGGGAUUCCAGUACUUGAUAAUCGACGACUGCUGGAUGGAAACACUUCGCGAUUCGAUCACUCAGAGGCUGCUGCCCGCCAGGGAACGUUUUCCCAGCGGAAUGGCUGAUCUUUCCGACUACAUUCAUCGACGAGGCCUGAAAUUUGGAAUAUACCACGAUGUGGGGGAGAAGACUUGUAUGUUCCUGGGUCCUGGGGCUCGGGGACACUUUCAGCUCGAUGCCCAGACCUUCGCCGAUUGGGGCGUUGACUAUGUGAAGCUAGACGGUUGCUAUGCCACUGAGUCCGAACGGGACAGAGGGUAUCCCGCCUUCGGCAAGGCCAUGAACAGCACUGGUCGGACAAUGGUCUACUCUUGCAGUUGGCCGUUCUACAAAGAGAAGCCCGACUACAGGUUGAUAGCGCAGCACUGCAAUCUCUGGCGAUUCGCAGAGGACAUCACGGACUCAUACACAUCAGUCUUCAAGACAAUGGAGCACUACCGCAGAAACCAGCAGCUUCUGUCAGCACAUGCGGGCCCUGGUCGGUGGAAUGACCCGGAUAUGCUGGUCCUAGGCAACUUCCGACUGAGCUACGACGCCAGCCGAUUGCAACUGGCCAUAUGGUCGGUGAUCGCAGCCCCUCUCAUAAUGACCAAUGACCUGGAGACUGUGCGUCCGGAAAUAAGGGAACUUCUUCAAAACCGAGAGGUCAUAGCUAUAAAUCAGGACUUGCUUGGGAUGCCCGGCCGGUGCGUCUUGACAUCGAAAUAUUUCCAGGUCUGGCUGCGUCGAGUCACACCGGUCAACGACCUUGGCAAACACUCAUUUGCAGUGGCUUUUGUCAAUCUGGGGGGCUUCGACCACUGCCCCUUGUGCCCUCGCACAAUCGAAGUCGGCUUGGAGCGCCUGGGUCUGGACAGCCUCACGGGCUACUAUGUUGUGGACCUGUUCAACAGCAGUCGCAGCUUGGGCAUGUUCAAGCCCUAUGACGCCUUCAGCACUCGAAUCAAUCCGGAGGGAGUGACGUUCUACAAGUUCACAGUAGUACCCGUCUACUGAUGGGACCAGUAUUAAACACAAGCAACUACAGGGUAUUCACAAAUGGUGGGUGGGGUCUAUGAACUCGUCCAUGCACAGAAGCCACUCAAUGUUCACAUCUACUCGAGUACUUAUGUAUGUGUGUACACUGUACAUAUCCAGAAGGCUACACAGAUGAAUAUUUAUCAAAGUAAGCCAGUGGCAUGUGGCAUGUGGCUGUGGCUGUUUUGGCGCUGGUUAUUGUUAUUCGAAAUAAAUAUACAUAGAGCUCGCUCCACAUUA